AUGGCUGCAGGCUUGGAGCCUGUGGUCAUCACGGCCUUGAUCUUCGGUGGCUGCUGUACUAAUGUAUUUGCCCUUGAAGCGAUUGUGAAAACCGAGCCGAAGAGUGGCCUUAUCAUCACUUUCUUCCAGUUCGUGUUUGUAACUUGCCUGGCUUACUCGACCCAAGUUCAACCAGGAGCACCGUACACAUUGGCCCCUCCCAAAGUGCCGUUCUCGCGAUGGACUUUCAUCGCCUUCAUGUUCUACGCCAUCAACAUGCUGAACAACUGGGCAUUCGCAUACAACAUCAGUGUGCCGGUGCAUAUUAUCCUUCGCAGCUUCGGCAGCGUGUCAACGAUGAUCGCGGGCUUUCUCAGAGGCAAACGAUACAGCAAAUUGCAAGUCUUCAGCGUGGUGCUGCUGACCAUUGGCGUCCUGGUCAGUGCAUGGGCAGAUUCUGCGAGCAAGAAUGCUGAUCUAUGGAAGGGCAAACAAAUGUCGGUCGGAAGCGACGCAUCGUCUUCUGAAUUUGUGCAGGGCCUGGGAAUACUGCUUGUCGCCCAGUUCGCGUCUGCCUACAUGGGGGCUUACACAGAAGACACAUAUUCGCAGUUCAAGGCCAGUUGGAAGGAGAACCUCUUCUACUCGCAUCUUUUUGCUCUGCCUCUUUUCCUACCACUUGGCGGCAUCUUGCGCGAGCAAUAUCGAAGCCUCGCAGAUACGCCACAUAUGAAUGUGGAACGCUACGUGCUCGGUGCAAAGCAGGGCAGGAGCACGGCUUCUGCAGCCACGAACGAAAUGCUCCUCGUGGUGUUGUCACUGCUCGGAAGCAUGCCACAAGGCAUACUUUAUUUGUUCACAAAUGCGGUCACGCAACUCGUCUGCAUCUCAGGAGUGAACUUGCUCUCUGCCAAGUCCUCAGCUGUGACAGUAACCAUUGUGCUGAACAUUCGCAAGCUGGUCUCAUUUAUCCUGAGCACGAUCAUUUUUGGCCAUAAGUUGAACACAAUGAUGAUUAUUGGGUCGACGUUGGUCUUCGGGAGCGGCGCCCUAUACGGGUGGGAGACCAGCUGGAGAAUACCACGGCAGAGAUCAGCUCAAGCGGUUGGGAAUGGUCACUUGGAAGGCACGGAAAAGGAUAAGAAAAGCAGAUAGAGCAUGACGAAAUGAAGGGCCCUGUGGGCUAACGUCGCCCGAAUCAUGCGCACCAUACUUUGUAGAACAGCGUUGCGGGUAGUCGUUACACGUGCAAUUAUGCAAU